UUAAUAAGUGAAGGAAUCCAAUCCAGUCUACCUAGUCAGUCGAAACCUGGUUCAGCUGCAGCAUCAUCAGACAAGGAAGCUGUACUCAGUAGCUUUUUCAAUUCUCUGCUAGCAAGAAAAAGCCUAACAGAGACACCAAUUCUACCGAAAGUAAUUCAACCGACUACAGCCAAUAAACCUAACCCAUCAUCGAAAGAGAAUGAAAGUUAACCGGAACAUAAAUUCGAAUGAAAGUGAAUGAUAAUGGUUAUUUAUUCUGCACAUCUUGGUAAUAUGUUGAAUAAUACAAUUACACUAUGGAUAUGGUCUCAGUUUUCUUAUAUAAAGCUACCACGCCCCCCCUCAUGGUUGAGGGAAUUAUUUUUCAAAAUUGAACACUAAGAAAUACUUUAAAAUUGUAAUUUGUGUAUUUUCGAGAAGCAAAAAAUAAUGUUCAAACAGGAACAUAUUCUGU